CAACAAAGGAAAAAAAGAAGUGGGAAUAAGAAUGUCAGAAAAUCUCAUCUAUGCUGACUUGAACUUGACUGAAUCAAGCAGGUCUAGGCUACAGAAGGACAUCAAUGUCCAAGGUGCAAAUAUGAAGGGGAGUUUCUUGUGUGGUAUUAAGAGGUCCAAUUUAAGAAAUUACUCCACAGCUGAAUGUUACUCGAUCUCCUGAUCCAGAUUCUACAUACGCAGAACUGAAUGUGCAAUCCCUAGACACAAGUGCUGUAGCUAGCUAUGCAUCAUCUGGUGAGUUUUCAGCUGUCUGCUAAAAUGAUAUGAAUUUAAACAAUGUGAAGAGAGGAGUCCAUUCCUUGUUUUCAAGAAAUGAAGUGAUAUAAGACCACAUGGGACCACAUGGAGACAGGAAUAUACACUUGACUGCUUUAUGUAGCCAAAUUCCCAGUGGUCAAACGGACAUCACAAACUUCAAAGACAGAAGAAGGGGUAAAAACUGUUGUUCCAGAACACAUAUUGGAAUAUUGAUUGCUGUGAUAAUCCUCCUACUGGUCUUAGGGGUGGGGCUGACACUCCUGUACCAUCCAACCACAAGCAGCCCACAGGACAGAGAAACAUUCUCCAUGACCUAUGAUAAGGCACAAGAUUGCCCCCAACAUUGGAAAAGAAAUGGGAAAAAAUGCUACUUCUUUUCUCAAACUACAGAAAGAAAAAACUGGAAAGCUUUCCAUGAUGAAUGUACUGGCAUGCACUCAGAACUGGUGACCAUUGACAACAAGAAAGAACUGGAUUACCUUAUUUCACAAUCCACAAGUCAUUACUACUUACUUGGUCUCCGGUACAAUGAAAGCAAGAAGAAGUGGGAGUGGAUUAACGGCAGAGAACACAGCAUGGACAUAUUUAAUAUAACAGGACCUGUAACAGGACCUCCUGACUACUUCUGCACUGUUGUUGGCUUUGGCAAAGUGUCAACUGCACCUUGCUAUGAAUCCUCAACAACAAAAAAUAUGUGUGAAAAAGGUGCAAGUAUUUCAGAAGAGGCAGAAGAGGAGCGACAAAAAACAGAUUCAAGUAGGAACCUUACUCCCAGUUUUGUGUAGGAACAGCAGAUGGAAUUUGUCUCAUUUUAUCUGCUUAAAUAUCUAAUCAAAGGAAUCUCUCACCCUUCUGUCUAGACACCUUGCCAAGCUUAGCACAUUUUUUGCUAAGAGAGGUGUCAAAGACUGGAUGGAUGAGCCUCUGGAAGAACCUUAAUUUUUACGCAUUAGGAACCUGGAUGACUUGCUAACAUCAGAUGCCUGACUUUUAGGGAACCACUGUUUGGUGAUGAGUCCUGCCUUGGUGAGAGGUGUGAUCACAUACAGAUCCUGUUUCUCAUAGACACAUGCAUACACACUUCUACAUCCACAGUCCUCCUUGUGUGCAAGGAGGCACUUUGAAGCAUUGCCAUGCACUGGCCUUCCCUGCAGCUGCAGGUAAAGUUUAAGACGUAUUUAUAUUUUGGAUCUUGUAGACAAGUGCAACCACACCCAUCCUUAUAUGUUAUAGACAAGAUUGACAGGAGAAAAAAAUGACCAGAAAACCCUAAGCAAGUACUUACCAGCACUGGAUACCAGAUCUCUGGGGGGCUAAAAUGUGAUUGCCUACAAAAAGUGAAAUGAUCCUACACCACAGACCUCUGCAUAAAAUCAUCAGCAGUCCUGUGUAGGUCAAGGAAAGAAAGUCAGAGUUAGACUUAACCCUGAUGGGAAAGUGCACAGGAUGAAGAGCAGUAGAGACAACCAAAAGUUGAAAAACAGAGUCACAAUAAUAGUUAGCUGGACAGAAAGUUGUUACUGAAAACAAAGGUACCUGUGAAGAAGCUGGUGAGAGACGUGAGAGUGGCCUGCAGAAAAUGACAUCACAGCAGAUUCUUCUGCUUUUCUCAGGAUAAUGGAGAAAUAUAUACAUGAAGGUUUUUCUGGCACUGACAUGUCAGAGCCAAUACAAGAAAGAGGAGGUACCAGUGGGGCAGAGACAUGACCAGCAAAUGGUGAAUGCUACCAGAGCUCUUCCAAUGUCUUUCAGUGGCUCUUGGGACUCUGGUGCUUUUGUGACUCUAAGGAUUGUCAUUUUUACCAUCUCCUUUGAGGCAGAAACACUCUUACUUCAAAUUGUGUCAAAGUCGAUUCAUGGCUCUCUCCAGCAUCUGCAGGAUGGAGAAAGAUAGAAAGAUUUGUGAAUUCUUCGAUGAAGUGCAGUGAUGGCAUGCUUACUCAUUGGAAGAAGAAG